AUGACGAUAAAUGAAAAUUCUGAUACCGAAAUAACUGGAUGUGGUUUUAAUUCUUUCAAAGAAAGUAGAGAAAUAAAUAAUUUAAUAAACCAACUUAGAAUUUCAGAUUUACCUCACAGCAUAAUAGAGAAAAAUGUUGAAAAAUUUAAGUUUAUCGUCUCUCAAUACCAAGACCAACCUCAUCUACUUGAUCCGUUUUUGGAAGAUAUUAUUGGAAAAAUUUUGGCUGUCGUUUCAGACGUAUCAACUUCAGAUGACAUGAAAAAUAAUGCUUUUAAAUACUUAUUUCUUUUAAUGAGUGUGAAGACGUAUAAAAGACUCGUUACUUAUCUUCCUCAUGAGGUAAUAGAUCUCUUGCCAGUUUUAAGAAUGUUAGAAAAGCAAGAUCCUACUGAUUUAUCUACUUGGGAAACGAGAUAUGUUCUUCUUAUAUGGCUUUCAAUAAUUUCUAAAAUUCCUUUCCCAUUAUCUCGAUUGGAGACUUCGAGUUCAGUGGAUCCAUCACAAACUAUUCUCGUGAGAAUUUUAGAGUUAUGUAAACGUUAUUGCCUGGUCAAAGAUUCAUGUUUAGUUGCAGCGGUGUUUCUAGUAUCCAGUUUUCUCACUCGAUCCGAUGUCAAAAAACUGUAUUUAGAAGAAAUGAUAAUGUGGUGUUUAAAAUGUUUAAGAAAUGACCCUUUAAGUUACGGACCUUUGGCAGUUUUAGCAUCAAUGUUAAAACAUAAUUCUCGAGAUGAUUUAAAGCCUUAUUGUCAAAUCUUAUUUGAUAAUGUUAUAGAACUAAAUUUUUUAAAAAGUCCGAACAGUUUAAUAGGUAAAUACGCAAUUAAAAUUAUACAACGUGUAGGACUUGUGUUGUUAAAACCGAAAUUCGCGACUUGGAAGUAUCAAAAAUCUGGGCAAAAAAUAAAUCUAUUAUCAGAUAUCCAGAAGUAUCCUAUAAUCGAAAAUAUUGAUGUGAAUAAUAGCGUGACAAUUGACAAUGAUGAUCAAGAUGUACCAACAGUUCUCGAAGAAAUAAUUGAACAUUUAAUUCAAGGUCUUAGAAAUAAAUCUAUUGACAUUAGAUGGUUAGCCGCAAAAGGCAUUGGCAAAAUAACGUCACGAUUACCAGUUGAUUUAGCUGAUGAAGUAGUUGGUUUUGUUCUAAAUUUGUUUUCUGACCGAGAAUUGGACUCAGCUUGGCAUGGAGGAUGUCUUGCUCUAGCUGAAUUAGGAAGAAGAGGGCUUUUAUUGCCACAUCGAUUGAGUGAAGUCAUUCCAGUAAUUGUUAAAGCAUUACUAUUUGAUGAACCCAGAGUAAAUGGCUCUUUAGGGUCAGCGAUUCGUGACGCAGCUUGCUAUGUCUGUUGGUCUUUUGCCCGUGCCUUUGAGCCACAUAUAAUUCAACCUUAUGUUCAAAAAAUAUCUGCCACUUUAUUAAUGGUCGCUUGUUUCGAUAGAGAAAUAAAUUGUCGGCGUGCUGCUUCUGCAGCUUUUCAAGAAAACGUCGGCCGACAAGGUAAUUUUCCCCAUGGAAUAGAUAUUGUAACAGUUGCUGAUUACUUCGAAGUCGGUACAAGAAACCAAGCUUAUCUUAAAGUCAGCGUUCAUAUUUGCCAGUAUGAAGAGUAUACCAUUCCAAUGAUAGACCAUUUAACUCAACGCAAAAUUAAUCAUUGGGACACAACAAUAAGAGAAAUAGCUGCCAAAGCGCUGUACAAUUUAACACCUCUCAAUCCAAAAUACAUGAUAAAAACUGUAUUACCCAUUCUAAGUGACUCGUUGGAUUCCAUUGAUUUAAAUGUAAGACAUGGAUCUGUUUUGGCAAUUGCUGAAAUUAUUGAGGCUCUAUAUUUACAUUUUAAUCAAGAUAUUGCUAGUAUUAUAAGUAUAACAGAGUUAGAGAAAUAUAAAAAAAUUAUUGGUUUAUUUAAAACUCGAGGGCAAUUUAAAGGUUUAGGUGGUGAAUUAAUGAAACAAGCAUGUUGUACUUUUAUUAGAAAAAGUUCUCUAGUGCAUUUUCCAAUUCAUUCAUCGUCUAUUGUUGAUGAAUGGCAAGAUUUUCUUGAAGAUUGCUUAAAUCACGAAGUGUCUAUUGUUAAGCUAAAAGCUGCUGAAGCGCAUACACACUUUUUUACCGAAUAUUAUGAAGAUAAUUAUAAAAGUAAGGAAAAACGACAUACAGCUGUUGAACGUUAUCUCUAUAAUUUAAAAUCAAAUCAUGAAAAUCAAAGAAUUGGAUUCGCACAAGCCAUUGGAUAUUUUCCUACAUUUAUACUACUUGAAAAAUUAGAAGAUAUUUUAACAGCACUUAUUGAUUGUUCACAUUUUACGAAAGAAACUUUUCAAUGGGCUGAAAGUAGAAAAAAUUCAUUACAAUCAAUAACAAUGAUAAUUAAAAAUUUACAUGUUGAAAAUGAUAAGUUUCAGAGUUUUAUUUUAAAACUUUAUGAAUGUUAUUUAUUUGCGAUGAAAGAAUACACUGUCGACAGUCGAGGUGAUAUAGGAGCAUGGGUACGUGAAGCUGCUAUGGUUGGUCUUUAUGAAUUAACAACUUCAAUUUCACAAUCAAAACUCAUUACAUUUCUCAGCGAAUCGUUGAUGACUCAAAUAAUCGGUGAAAUAGCUCAACAGGCUAUAGAACGUAUUGACAGGACUCGAAUUCAAGCAGGAAAAAUUUUUUAUACUCUUUUAUACCAUGUUCCAGAAAUACCCAACAUUCCACAUCAUGAUGAAUUGAAAAAAAUUUUUCCUCAAAAUGAAUGUAAAGAUAAUAUGAAUUGGAUGACUGAACUUGAUACAUUUCCUCGCUUCAUUAAAAUGUUAAAUUAUCAACCAUACAUAGAAAAUAUUUUACGUGGUAUUAUAUUUAGUGUUGGAGGGUUAAGUGAAUCUUUAGUGAAACAUUCAAGUACUUCGUUGUUUUCUUACCUAAAUGAAAUUGAUGAAGUACGGCUUCAACAAUUAUUUAGUGAAAUGUUAAAUAUUUUUGAUAAAAGUCAUGGGAACGAACGAAUGAUAAAAUCCAUCCUAACAUUUUUAGACCGACUUCUCAGUUCUGGAUGCAUUCAAAGUAUUUUAGAUAAUACUCAAAGUCAACUACCAAAACGUAUGUUGACGUUAGUUAAGAGAGAAAAACAAUUCAUGACUAAUACUAAAUUAAUUAUGAGUACGAUCAAUGUGUUUUGUCAACUAUUACAGGCUAAAGGAUCAGUUGGGAAACAAGCUUUUGUUCAAUUGAGUAUUUUACUUUGCAACAAGUUUCAAGUAAUCCGAAAAACAACAGCUCUUCGCUUAUAUGAGGCAUUGACUUUAUAUGGAGAAGAUAUGGAUAUAAAAGAAGAUAAUUUGAGCGAAAUAUUAUCCGGGUUAAAUGAAACAGACUGGGGUAAAUCACCAGAUACUUUGAGACCGAUUAGAAAUAACUUUUGUAAAUUGGCAGAUGUAAAUCCACCAAUUAAAAUGAAGGAAAAUAAUGAUAGUUAA